CGCUCGGACAACCAGCGUAAACAAACCGAAUUUCUUUUUUUUCUUUUCCUUCUCUUUUUAGUUCCGUCUAGAGCUCCAUAUUUAAGAAUGUCACCUUGAAGCUAAGGGAUCUUUUGGAAAUAAAGGUGAGGGAGAGACGGACUAAGAGAAGUGACGACCAAGGCGUGGACUGGGAAAGUUAUAUUAAUUAUGCUUGAAUGGUCGUCCUUCUUAUUACUACUGGGCCUUAAAAAUAGAAGCAUUUAGACUAUAAUUCACAAAUGAAGAAAAAAUGGAGGAAAUUGUACAAGAAAGAAGCUCAACUACAGAGCAGAGCUGGAGGCUGGAGGUUGGGGCAGAGUACGAAUCAUUUGCAGAGUUUGAGGAAGAUUUGAAAGCUUUUAGUGACCACAACUUCAUGUUGUUUGUAAAAGACAAGAGCACAAAACUUAAUAGAAGAGAUCAAGAUGGCCCAAGGAGAAAAGCCAUGAAGCUGCUGCCAGAGAAACUUAUUUAUAAGUAUAUAAGGUACAAAUGUAAACAUGGCGGGAAAAGAAGAUUUGAAGGCCGAGGGAUCAGGCCAAAUCAGAGAUCCUUCAAGCUGUCAUGUGGUGCUUUCUUGGUACUUGCAAUGGACAGAAAACGAGGAAAGCUUUGUGUGACUCACUUUUCAAUGGAGCAUAAUCAUGAAGUCUCUGAAGCAAUAUAUAAGAAUUAUCCAGAGAAUCGACGCUUGAUGCAUCCACAAGGAACAGAUGGAGAAAUAUUUUUAAAUUUGAAAAUAGAUCCCACAAAGGAUAGGGCAUAUCUAAGUGAAUUCUCAGGGAAGAGGCUUACCAUUGAAGAUAUUUAUCAAAUGAAACAGUGUUUGCCCCAACUUGGCCCACAGGAAGAUGUCAUUCUAUCCUCAGUUGAAACUCUCUUGGAGGAGGAUGAAAAGGCUACUGUUGUCUUCUCAGUUAAGGACAAAGUAUUAGAUUACUUGUAUGCUCAAAGGUCAUCAGGAAAGAAGGAAUUAGAAGAAUAUCCUGAUUCUGUUUUUAUGGAUGUCAUGUGUAAGAUCAAGAAUAAGGUCAUGCCUGUUGUUACCCUCAUGACUGUGGAUGACAAAAAUCAGAAGCAUGUCAUUGCUCAAGCUCUAGUUCAGAGCAGUCAGAGGGACAUUUUGAUGUCAGUUCUUGAAGUUUUUAAAUCAGAAAAUGAGCAUCUCUGUCCUUCUUUGUCAGUAAGUAAUCUUAUGAAAAGUUAUGAAGACAGGUCCAAAGACUUGGAUUACAAGGUAUUUCUUGAUAAAACUACUGUAAGUUAUAGUAUUACAAAAUUAGUCAAAGAAAUGCGUGAUGUGUCAACUGAUUAUGCCUUUGAACUCAUGGUUGAUGAACUGAAACAAAGUGAAAGUAUGACUGCAGAGGUGAAGGCAAAGGAUGAAGGAAAUUAUGAAGUGAUAGAUAACAUCAUCUAUAGUGUUACCAUAAAUCAGCAUUCAGUUUCAUGUUCUUGUAGUUUCUAUACAAACACAAACUUGCUGUGCAGACAUGUGUUCUACUUGGUUUCAGAGAAAAAAAUUACUGAUUUUAAUAAGGAAUGGAUUCCAAUCAAAUGGCAAGUAUCUCCAGAAUCUGCUGUAACACAAAUGGCCAGUAGAGCUAAAACUUCAGUAAAGAUAAAGCCCCUUUCACCAGAAAAGGUCAAGAAGAUGAGAAAAAAUAACAAGUUUUUGGAAAUGUUACGAGUGAUGAAACUCAUAGCAAACAUGAAUUGUACCCUUGAGCCCAGAGAAUACUGCGCAAGGUUUGAGUUACUAAUACAGCUUCACAAGUUAUGGCAAGAUGGAAAAAGGGCAUCUAUUGAUGAAAGUGUUGAAGAUAUAAAGUGCCAGGAAAUGAACAGAAUCUUUAGAAAUUUAGCAGAUAUGAGCAGUUACCUUGGACCAAAGGAGUACAAAGAUCGAUAUGAUUUGUUGUUAGAGUUGCAGGCACUUUGGCAGGAAGGGAAGAAAGUUUCUUUAGUUGAAUAUAGAGAGGAUAAUGACAAAAAAUUUCAAAAUUCUUCAUUGAGAGAAGAGCUAGAUAAUGUAAUUCUGUCUGGGUUAGAUAAUGAAUUGGAAGAUAAAGCUGUUUCUGAGAAAGGAAGUGAACUGUUUAGAAUAAUGCAGAAAGCAAAACCUGUUAAAACUGCAGAUGCUUUUACCCAGGUUACUGAAAAUUUUCAAGAAGUGUUAAUUUCAAAACCUGUGAAGCACCCAGUGUAUAGUAAGAGUAAAAGUGUAACAAAAUUAAUACCUGACACAAAUUCUUUGCCUACAGUAACACCCACCCAAGGAGGUUUACCCUUCAUAGAGAUGAUAGCAACACCCAACCCAAUGCCAUUAAAAAAUGAAGUAUUCACAAUUGUAAAUAAUAUUUGUUCUGAGAAAAGAAUUUAUGACAGUGAGAGUUUUCAUGAUUCAAUGGUCAUAUACUUAGAGCCCAACACCAAACCAGACAUGAGGCCAGCUGUUCAGGUGGUUGUCCCUCCCUCCCUGGGGAUUGACGACAUUACAGUGAAGAUGGAGGUAAAUGAUCCUCCUUCUUUGUUGGCCCCAGGCAGUGGUCUGCCAUCAGUAAACAGGAGAAAUACAAGGCAGAAAUUGAUUUCUGAGUCACAUAAUGAUAACCAGCCUGUUCAUUUCACAUUGCCAAAACCAGGUGAAAUACAUACAAUAAAGAGAGAGCAGGUCCUUUUGCCAAACAAGAGAAAAGUUUACGCAAGAAAAGAACUGAAUAAGAAAAGAAGAUUAUGUGAUGACAGCCAGGAUUUCACUGCAAGAAUGGCAGAAGUAAAUAGAUUUAUAGAUACUCAGUCAAAUAAAGAAAUUCAAGAUUUGUUAGAAGUAUCUUUGAAUUUCAAUUAUACAAAAGUACUAGAUGCUAAAGAGUUGAAACAUAGGUGCCGGUGCGAUGCUGUCUUAUCACUAGUAGACGAAAUGCAAAAUAUGAGUAAUGGAAGAAUACUUGAAGCAGUUAUUGUUGCUGUGAUUCAAAGAUGUAAAAUUUUAAAUGUUAAUCCAAAGAAGAGCACAACUGCCUAUGUUCUUGGGGCAUCACUCCUUUUAUAUUCAUACAUCCAUAGCGUAAGACCCAUGCAGACAGUGCUCACCCUAUAUCCACUAGGCAUUCAUGAAAUGUCUUCACCACAGCCUCAAGUGUAUUCAGAAGACAUUCACAUUAUUGUGGGAAAUAUGAGCAUCACACAACAGUCUCUUCACACUCUCAAUCCUGGAGAGCACUUGGACGACCAGGUUAUCCAUGCCUACCUGGGGUUAAGAGCUCAGUUAAGAAAUGUUGAUGGGACAAAUGAAAUCUUUAUAUUUCCGUCUCAGCUAGCAAAUGUUUGGGAAACUGGAGAGUUUGGUAACUGGCUCUUUAGAAAUGUCGAUUUAAGUUCUUUCAAAUGGCUCUUAAUGCCUGUCAAAACAGAAGAACAUUGGUUUCUUCUGGUUGGAAAUGUUAAAAGUCAGACUGUGACUUCAUUAGAUUCGUUGUACAGCACAGAAAGACGAAGAAAGUAUUUCACUUUGUGGAAGAAAUAUAUGAUGGAACGGGCCAGAGCUUUAGGCCCAACUAACAUAGAGUGGAGAACCUGCCACACACCAAGUACUCAACAAGAGGAAGCAAAUAACUCUGGGGUAUUUGUGUUAAUGGUGAGUAUAUUUCUGAUAGUGCAUUUAUCACUUGUUAAGGGUAAAGUUGAGAGAAUUUGUAAUAAGAAAAUAAUUGCAUGUUUAAACUACAAGUAUAUGUGAUGAUGAAGGGUUUGGUAUGCACUUACCAAGUAAGGUAUAUUGUUUACCUCUUUCGAUAACAGAGAAUGCAAGUUCUAUGAAUUUAUUUAUAUAUUUUAUUUUAUUUUUUUUUUUGUAAAAAGUC